CAUUGCCAAAACCUUCGUUCGAUCAGCCUCGCGGGAACUACUGUUCCUUUCCCGCAACUCACAACACUCGGUCGGACUACGACGCCGUCGUGUUAUGAGCAAUGGCGUUCUCUGCUUCCGUGCAUGAUCGGCACCUCGACGAGAUGCGUUUCCGAAGCAUCGAGGGACAGCAAUUCCCCUCCUCCUCCACCUCCUACGCCCCGCUCCGCAACGGCUCCGAGCUCGGAAACCACAACCAGCCUCCCUCGUCGGCUACAGCCGAUGUGAGGGCUGGCCUUACGCGUCGAUUCACCGCCGACGCUAUGAUCACCCCACCUAUCGGAUCGGUGUGGGAUCAGUCCAGGCUCCCCCGCAUUCCCGUUUCGGAAUCCAUGGAUGACUCCCUCGGCGAGGAUGAACGUAAGAGGGUUCAGAUGUUGAUUCAACAGAAGCAGAUGGCAUACGAGUCCCGCCGCCAGGAGCAGAAGAAGUACGAGGCACGCAUGAAGCUUAUGGAGCUUCAGAACCGCAAGGACGAAGAGGAGAUUCUACGCAUGGCUCAGAACUUGGACCGCAUGGCCAUGACCAACAACCCCCGCGAUCGUGUUUCGCUGUCGGCAGGACACAGUGAGCCGACCACACCUCCGGAGUUUCGUGACGGACCUUACGGACGUUCCAAAGCAGCAAUGGCUCCCGCGUCCCUUUUGGCCACGCCCCCUACAGUUAGUAACCGUCUGGAUCAACAGCAACUGAUUACGCCCCCUUCCGAGGAUGUUCUGUCGUUGCUGUCCCAGAGCAACUCCAGAUCGGUCCCGGGAUCUCGCCGCAACUCUGACGAAAACCAGGCUCGCGGGACCCCCACUCAGGCUCCGAUCGGCCAACGUUCAAUGAUUAGAAAUUCCCUGCCCAACAAUUCUCUCGAUAACCAGAAUUCCAUGCAAUCCGGAACGUCUCGCUUUGGACUCGGCUCGAUCAACACUGCGGACUUUCUGUUUGACGACGAUCACACCGACAAGAGCAACGCCGAGAAGAAGACUGCCACCACUUCCCCGGACGUCAAAUCCUACCUCCAGAUGAUGUCCACGGACAAUAAAUUUCCCAUCCUGACGCAGAGCCAUCCCGGAAAGCUCUCUGCUUCUUCCGCAGCUCUCGAUCUAGCCUAUCCUGAGAAUGCAGGUGGCCAGAUGGAGCAGCAGCAGCUGUGGGGUCACACAACCUUCACUCGUUCCCAUCGUCCUGCUCAGCACAGCUUGCCUGUCAACAACUUCCCUUACACUCCUACCAGCAACUCUUCCCCCAAGGUUGUGCCGCAGACAGACUCUCCUGGCAUCCGUCGAUUCGAGCGCUCUUCCACCGACUUCCCCUUCUCCACCUUCAGUGAGAACCUGAGUGCCAAGAUCACGCAGACCGAAUCGGGUCAGAGCCGCCAAGGUACAAUGCCCAAGUUGCAGCCCUCCUUCUCGACCUCCGACAUCCCCACCAUGAGAGCUGCCAGCAGCAGCAGCAACAACAUGCAGAACAACACCUUCGGCAGAGGACCCAUCGACAGACAGAGACACAGCCGUGAGCUCUCGGUUACUGCUGCUAACAACUCGGCCACCAUGUUUGGUCCUCCUCUCUCUGCUGGCAUGGUCCACAUGCCGGUUAUUCCCAACACUGGCAUGGCUCCUCUGCCUUCUCCUGGUCUGUACGGAGCCUAUGGACACAUCAACCUCCAGAGCAUUAGCGCUGCUCCCGUGUUCCACACCACUCCCUACGGACCCCCCUACCCUCUCUAUAAACAGGCUGGGGCUGUCCCCGACUCCCCCCACCAGAUGCAGGGUCGUAACAUGCAGAAGAGGGGAAGCGAGGGUGAAGUCAACCGAUUUGCGAACGUCAAGCUGGAGACUCUUGUCAACGAGAUUUACACCCUCUGCAAGGACCAGCACGGCUGCCGCUACCUGCAGAAGAAGCUGGAGGAGGGAAAUCCCCAAUACGUCGAGAUGAUCUUCAAGGAAACCCACUCUCAUGUAAUCGAGCUGAUGACUGAUCCCUUCGGCAAUUACCUCUGCCAGAAGCUGCUCGAGUUUACCAACGACAAGCAGCGCACCGUUCUUGUGAACACUGCCGCUCCCCGCUUGGUUGACAUCGCCUUGAACCAACAUGGCACCCGCGCUUUGCAGAAGAUGAUCGAGUUCCUCUCGACUCGUGAGCAGAUCGAUACCAUCGUCCACGCUCUCGAGAGCAAGGUCGUUGAGCUCAUCCAGGACCUCAAUGGCAACCACGUCAUCCAGAAGUGCCUGAACCGUUUGAAGCCCGAGGAUGCUCAGUUCAUCUUCGAUGCCGUUGGAGAAAACUGCAUCCCGGUUGGAACUCAUCGCCAUGGUUGCUGCGUUCUUCAGAGGUGCAUUGACCACGCUUCGGGCCUUCAAAAGGUGCAGCUGAUCCAGAGGAUCACUGCCCAUUCCCUUGAGCUUGUUCAGGACGCCUUUGGAAACUACGUCGUCCAGUACAUCUUGGAUCUUGGUGAGCCGACCCUUUCGGAGCCCGUCAUCUUGAAGUUCUGCGGCAUGAUCUGCGAGCUGGCGAAGCAGAAAUUCAGUUCGAAUGUCAUCGAGAAGUGUAUCCGUGUUGCCGAGACUCCUACCAAGAAGAUUCUGAUUGAGGAGAUCGUCGCUUCUGGGCGCAUGGACGACAUGUUGCGUGAUUGCUACGCCAAUUAUGUCAUCCAGACUUCGAUCGACUAUGCCGAUCCGGUUACCCGUCAGAAGCUCGCAGAGGUCAUCAUGCCUCUUCUCCCGUCGAUUCGCAACUUUCCCUAUGGACGUAGGAUUCAGAGCAAGCUCGGAACCAUGAACGAGAACAAGAUGAACAUGCCGUUUCAGAACGGAGGAUCGCCGUCCGGACACUCGCGCUCGAGCUCCUACAAUCCUCCCCCUCAGAUGCGUCCGAACGUCCACAACCAGGGACCGAUGCGUCCCACUCCCGUUCAGCAGCACUCGUACCCGCCUCCGUUCCACCCCGAGAUGGGAACCCAGUUCCUCGUCUGACGACGUGUACGAUCUUUCUGUACAUGCGCGUACUGGAUAUCAACUGAGCGAAUCGACAACCUAUUUUUACGAUACCGUCCGACGAUGAACCUUUUCCUUUUUUCUUUUUUUUCUCUUUCAU